UCUCUGAUCAGUUGAGUGGACCACCAAUCCGGCGAAGAUUGGGCGACCAUGCUGAACGGAAAAUUCUACACGGGCCUGCCGCCCAAAAUGGUGGAGCGCCAGGCGGUGAAGGUGUGCAAUCGCCAGGAGUCGCACUUCUUCUGGCCAGACGAUUCCCGAGCGGAUUCCGCGGUGGAGACCCGAGCAAAGAGGAGAAACAGCCAGCAGCUGGAGAAGCCAGUGGAAAGGAUUACUUCCAAUCAGAAUGCAUCCGACGAAGUGGACACACGGCGAAUGUUCCACAAGGAGUUUGCCAGUUCUUCCAUACAGUUCUAUGAUAAUCUGCAGUCUAAUCCUGGAAACAAACCUUCAUUGGCAAGGGGUCUACGCAGGGAAAUAACCCCAAAACUAACCGAAGUGAGACCCCAGGAAUCGGAUAACAAAGCCGAGGACACCAGCAGCCGUCGCAAGCAGGCUUACAGCUCCAAGAUCCAGUUCUACGAUUACGUAAACGAAGCAGAUAACGCUACUCAAAAUAACGCCAGGAGACCUCAAAUGGACUUCAAUGACAAGCGCGAAGUGGAACUGAAUUCCAAGAACAGUCCCAAGCUGCAGGUCAAAAGAAAUGUGCGCAGUUUCAGCGUGGAACUAGAGCCCAAGGUCACCAAGAAACCCCUGAACGACAGCCCCGAGUGGCGGCGACCACGCCCACUGCCGCUGCCCAAAAGGAUACUGAAGCAAACGUCCCAGGAUCAGGAUCCCUACGACCACGUGGAAAGUCGAGUCCGAAGAUUGCAACUAACCCGAAGUCCCGGCCUGCCCAAAAAGCAUGUGACCUACAACGAGGAGGCUGCCGAGUACGCCUACUACGACGAUCGGGUGGAUCGGGAAGAUCGCGAGGAGCCCGCCUACGAGACUCGUCCACGUCAGCAGCCAAAUAUGCCGACAGGAAGUCGCCAGCAGCAGCAACAUCAACGCUCUUUUAUGGAAACUAGUCGGAGCAAGCCAUUAAAUAAUAAUAAUAAUUAUCAGGCCAGUGGUAGUGGUAGGAAAAUCUUGCCAAAAAUGCCACAGAUCCAAUCCGUAGUGGGUAACGCACACACUACCGACGAGGAUCCCCCCGUGCCCUCUGACCCACGCAAACACCUGCGCAGCAGUCUCUGCUUCAGCGGCGACGCUUUGAUGGUGGGCGGUACGGCGUCGCAGUCGCCGCCCACUGCGCAGGCGCGGCGCAGCUCGGCGGGGCAGAGAGUGAGCGUGGGUCUGCCGGACUGAGAGCUCCAGUUCGCGUGUUUAGUGAUUAGUGCAGCUACACAGCGAGAAAUGCUGUCGAUUGCGAAAUCAAAAACAAAUAACUGAAGCGAUUGGGUCAGUAGAAUAAUGUAGCCAUCGUACAUGAAUAUCUGUUUGAAAUAGUAUUAUAAAUAUUUCUCUGUGUGGUAAGAAGACAGCAACAAUCUGCAUUGCAAAUUGAAAGCCAACUGCGACUGCAACAGAAGCAGCAACAACAUCUGCAGCACAACAGCCACAUCAGCAGCAACGUUGAUGCGACAGCAGCUGCUUUUCUAGGCACGGCAGCAGCUCAAACUUUUAUUUAGUUUUUACUUUUACGAUCACAAUCUUUGAAUUCACCCACAUGCGAAUGAAUGAGUCGGCUUUUUUGUUGUUUUCGAGCGGUUGAAUAUACAUAAACAAACCUUGAUCUUGACUAAUUUGUGAGCGAUGCUGUUGUUGUGCACCACGAUCAUGUAUUAAUUUAGCUUUUAAAGCCAACGCAGAAUAAUCUAUAAUUAUAAUAAUAGAGAUAUGCUAAUAAACUGAUACGUAUAUAACCAAAUAAGUUUCGAAUCGGGAAACAUUCAAUUAAGCCUUAAACCUACUAUAGGCACAGAAAUUAUACAUGGGCACUUGAUCAAUUCGUUUGGUAUUCAGUUUUUAAACCAAUAAAGAAACUUAUG